UGCAAUGAUUAUCAAUAUCAAUAAACAUUUAGAGAGAAAUUCCACGUCAGUGAUUAUUGAACAUGUUAAUUUCUCUGGUGGUAUUGUUCUUAUCUGUCAUGUAUCCAGGAAAAGCAAAGUUCUGCAAUGAUACUCUAAAGAGAUGUUGUGCAAAUUACUUAUUGGUGGAUGGUGCGUGUCGGCCCUGCAUUGGAUCAUGGGGGAUAAACUGUACCAUGCCCUGCAAAGAGAACUUCUACGGAUAUGGUUGUAGUUCAACAUGUGUUUGUGGGGAUGACCAGAUCUGUCACAGUAAAGUAGGGUGCAUCAAUAUAUAUGGUAGUCAAACAAAUACCCAUAAGAAGACGGGUGCAAUUAAAGAUUUAUCCAGAAUCACCAUAUCUGUGGUUUGUGUUGUUUUAACAGUGAUUGUAUUUGGGACACUACUGUACAUAAAACAGAAAUCGGGGCAGAUUAUGAAACCAGUUGAACCUUUCGCGACAGGAGUACACAAUGGGUGUGAUCGGUUGGAAUGGGAUGCUUACUCCUCCAUGGCAUCUGAUCCCACCUUUGAUGAAAAUAAAGGCUCAACACAAAAUGAACAAGAAGAUCUCACCUACAGCGACAUAAGAGAAGCGUUCCUGGCUGAUGAUCCAAUUUCGGAAUAUCGGUAUUGUUCUCCACUUCCGCACGCACAUUCUGAAAUAUCUGGGAGAUAUGAAAAUGAAAGGGAAGAGAAGUUUACUUACCCAAGUUCUUCAGCGAAAUAUGAAAAUGAAAGAGGAGAUGAGUUUACUUACUCGAAGUCUUUAGAUGUAAAUGAACAUAGCGGAUGUAGUGAAAGUUCUGGGGUCUAUAAUUGUCUGCAGUUUGAAAAGAAGUCUUAUUCUACUAAACAAUCAGCUGCGGCUCAGAACAUUUACUUCUCGAUGAGGCCAAAUUUCAGAUAAUGUUUGGGUGUCCUCUCCCGACUCGGGGUAAAAUAAUUGGGUUGGUUGGGGAAAUCUUUCUUCUAGAAAAUUUUGAUGCAUUUGUUGAAAGUUUCAAGGGAAUAAAAAAACGACUCAUAUAUUAUAGUUUGAGUAAAAAGUCCCUUGUAGUAUUUGUAUAAUUUUCUUUAAAGUGAGAAAGUGAGCACUUUACUAUAUAAUCUUAUAGUAAAUGUACCUGUAUUUUGAGACGGUCCCUUAAAAAUACCUGGACGGUAGAUUUUCCCCAAACCUGGCAUAUACACUGAGAUCAAUGUAUUUUAUCUAUGGUAUAUAAAUAAAGAGUUUCUCUAUUGUAAUUUUACUCAAUAAAACCCCAGUCGGUUCCCUUAAAAAAUCUUAUUGAUAAUGUAGUAUGAGUAAAUUCAUUCUAAAAUAAGCAGAACCGUCGCUGAGCAAGAAUUAGGAAGUCAUAAUUUUGAAUACAUAAGUGCGUAUAAAUAUGAAAAAUAUUCAAGAAAUUGAGGAAAAAAUGGGUUUUAUCUAUCUCAGUUGAUUCGAUACGCAAGAGCAUCUUCUACGUAUGAACAAUUUCUAAAGCGAAAUAAAUUAUUGACAAACAAGUUGAUGAAACAAGAAUACCAGCAGUCUCGUUUAAAGUCAUGAUUUCGAAAGUUCUAUGGUCGAUACAAUGACCUUGUCAAAAAAUACAAUUUAUUAUUGAGUCUAAUGCUGACGUUUCUCAUACUAAGUUAGUCAAUUAUCCAUACACUAAAUUCACGCCAGAUUUCCGAUCAUGACAAGAAGCACACGGCGGAUGUGACCAGUCAGCAGGGGAUGCUCACUCCUCCAUGGCACUUGAUCGUCUAUCUGAUAUUUUGGAGGUCCGUGUUCGCUUUGCUCCUAUUUUGUAUUGUUUUAUGGACUUUUGAUCUUGAAUACUGUUCGUUAUCUCCAUAUGUUUCAUUUCUUUUGUCAAAUUAUAUAUUCCAGACACACUGUACCUGCUUUACGAUAAAUGCAGAAUGUUGUGGGAAAAACAUCUCUACAAUAGACAAGAUACAUAAAUACCAAAUGAACGCAUAUAGUCAUUGUGAGCAUACAAAACAUAAAAAGGCAUAACCAGGAAUAAAAAUUUUUAUGAAUAGAAUUAUUGUAUACAUGGAUCCACAUACUUUUGUGCUUCGUGCAUUUAAACUGGAGAUGGGGGCGACAGGAAAGAGAUGAGUAGAUCUUAACAUUCACAUUGAAGAAAGACAAUUCUUAAAUCAGAAUGUAGAAACUUCAAUAAUUUAGGGUUAUUGAACUUAUAUUGGUGAAUAUUGACACGCGCUGGCCGUACAGAUACAUGAGCUUGCAAGUGCAUUUUUACAGCCAAAGAGUGCCAAUAUUCAACAAUAUAAGUUCACAAACUCCUUUAUUAUCUAGCUUAAACAUAUCCAUAUGAUUUAUAUAUAUAUUUUUAAUUUAUUAACUCGAAUUUAAAAGAAUUUUAUAGUAUCGGUAUUUAAAUAAUGUCUCUAAAUCUUUUAUGUCGCAAAAUUCCAAUGACCCUGCCAAGCAUUAUUUGUUGAUAAAGAGGCUAAUACGUACUAGCUUAUUUAUUGAUAAUUUCAUUUUUUAUGAAAAUGAGAACAACUUUCAAUUUCAAACGUCAACGAAAACAAUUAAAACCAGGAGCAGAGCCAAUACGGACCUCUAACAAAGAGAGGUAGGAUCAGGUGCCAUGGAAGAAUCAGCAUCCUUUGCCGAUCUGCCAAACCCAGCGUGCGUUCCUUGUUGUGACAGAGAAUAAUGUCAGUCAGAAUUUAACUCAUUGGUAUAUUAUAUUUGUUAACAAGGUAGUCCUAUCGACAAAAGAAAUUAUAAAAUGAUAAAUUAACGUGACUGUUGAUAUUCUUGUUUCAUCAACUUGUUCGUCAAUACCUUACCUCGCUUUAGAAAUUGUUCAUAGGUAAAGCAUGCAAUUGUACAUCGAAUCAACUAAC